AUGUCCAUCAGCACUGCCAGAAAAGGCAGCAGUCUGAAUGGAGCGACAGACUAUUCUCCCCUCGGGCAGGGAGAAAAGCAAAAUGAUCCUCUCAGUAGGAUCACAGCUUUAGAUACAGUUGUCAAUGAUAACACUGAUGGUGGUGUCUGGAUUUUGGGUGGCAGCAUUUCCUUGGCGUACUGUUGUACGUACUUUUGGCGGUAUCCCAUAUUCAUGUUGCCCCCUUCCUAUCUGCACAAUACUACUACUAGUAGUAAUAGUAACAACAAUGAAAGCUUGGAUCUUCAAGCGUGGUUUUCACUGGCAUUUAUUGGAGGAUUCGGCAGUAGCAAAUUGUUGGGAAUGCAAUUGUUGAGCAGUCGUUUCUUUUUUCGACAUCGACUCGUCCUCAUUUUGGCCAUGAUUUGGGUCUCUAUGCUUGUGGAAUGUUUGGGCGUUGCCGUGGCGCCACCCCACAGCAGCCACAUGAUUCCAGUCAUUUCCGUCUACAUUUCUAGUUUUGUACAAAGUUGGAUCUACGGUGCCUUGAUUACCUACUUGGAAGGACGACAACAAACCGAAACGCUCUUGGCGGCCAUUAUUGCCGCUACCAUUGCCGCGGGAGGCAUGAGUCGGGGCACUGCCACGUUGGUAUUGCAGACUUGUCCCAAUCUACCACCCACACAAAUGCCCUUGGCCAUUGGACUCGUCAUGGCUACAGUGGCGUCAUUGGCGGUCGUACUGGCAUCUCGACAACCACCUCCCACAGCGCUGGACCAACAAACCAAAUGUCCACGACAACCCAUGACGUGGAACCAACAAAUGGACUUUUUUCAACUGUACGGCUGGGGUGUGUUGGGAUUGUAUUUGGCGUAUGCCUUGUUGGUGGGCGUACGAAGUUUUCGGGACUUUUACUCGAAACAAAUCUUUGCGACAUCCUACGAUAAUGGUGACGAUGGUCAAGAAGUUCCUUCCUGGAUGUUCUUUGUGGCCGACUUGCCCGGGGCGCUGCUGUCCGCCAUUGUCAUUACCACCUUUCAAGGUGGCGGCAAUCACCACGCCACCAUCUUUUCCAACAUGGUCUCCACGUCCAUGGCAUUUGGAGUACUCGUAUUAGUGUCGACAGUGGCGUUUCUCGGCAAUCUACUGAAUGGUGUCUGGUGGCAAAUCUCGUUGGGCAUUGGCAUUUACGGAUCCUUUGGCAUUUUGACCACGGCCAUUCACGAACGAUUGAUUGCUGCGACGCGGACACCGGGAACGUGUACCUUUUUGGUCCUCUUGGGCGACGCUGGGGCCUAUGUCGUUACCUUGACCAUUUUGCUCCUCCGAGAUUUUGCCUCGUCGUCUUCUUCUUCCGACAGUGACAAUGACGACAAGGCACAAGACGUGUUGCAACAGUUUCUUCCCAUGAUCUUUUUGGCCAUUGGCACGGGGCUGGGUACCUUGUGGAUGGCACGGCACUAUUUCCAAAGAAAGUUGCAAUCUAUGGAAGAAGAACCACAUUUGGAUCAUCUGGAAGCCAAUGGUUUCCACAAAGAGAUGGACGGAGAUGGAAGUUUGGAGCUCACAAAACAAUCCACAAGCUAA